CAAGACCAUUGACUCAAAGCCGGAGCUGAAGGAAGCUGUGGAAGACAAGUUGGACAAGUUCUAUAAGGAGUUCUUGUCACACUGAAAAAGUUAUGGAGUUUGAACGCCCUGAACUCUUUGACUUCCAUGGAGUCUCUAUGACACAUUACAUGACAGACAACUGGGAAAAGGUGCAGAACUUCAAGGCUCUGCCUGAUGACAUACUUGUUGCUACGUAUCCAAAAGCAGGUACAACUUGGAUGUCCUAUAUCCUGGACUUGCUGUACUUUAAGCAGAAGGACAAAGAGAGAGAGAAGUCUGUAGCGAUCUUUGACAGAGUUCCAUUCCUUGAGUUCAUCACUCCCGGCUUCCCCACAGGCCUAGAGACAGUGGAAAGCCUUACCACCCGUCCUCGUCUGAUCAAAACUCAUCUACCCAUUCAGUUUGUGCCAAAGAGCUUCUGGGACAACAACUGCAGGAUGGUGUACGUGGCUCGCAAUGCCAAAGAUAACGCUGUGUCCUAUUACCACUUUGACCGCAUGAACAUGGUCCAGCCGGAGCCAAAAGACUGGAACAGUUUUCUGGACAGAUUUAUGGAAGGGAAAAUGGUGUUUGGCUCCUGGUAUGAUCAUGUGACUGGAUGGUGGGAUAAGAAGCAGACGUACCCAAAUCUUCUCUACAUGUUCUAUGAGGACAUGGUACAGGACACGGGUCGUGAGCUGGAGCGUCUGUGCUCCUUCCUGGGCUUGUCGACCUCCUUGGAGGAGAGGGAGCGCAUCAGAGGAGGAGUGCAGUUUGACGCCAUGAAGGCAAACCCCAUGGCCAACUACUCCACGGACCCAGUCAUGGACUUUAAAGUAUCCCCUUUCAUGCGGAAAGGGAAGGUUGGGGACUGGAAGAGUCACUUCACUGUUGCUCAGAACGAGUCUUUUGAUGAACACUACAAGAUGAAGAUGAAGAACACCACACUGACAUUCAAAACAACAAUCUAGUAAGACUGAAAAUAGCAUUAUUUUAUAAAAUUGUAUGACACAUUUCAAGGAAUCCAAAGACACUUUAUUCAGUGAUUGGUCUGCAUGAUAUUUAUAUGGUUGAAUGGAAUGUCACACACCAUAAAGAAAAUUAAUGGUUGUAUGGAUUGCUGUUAGACUUCUACUGUACAUGACAAUGCGCUGAUUUUUUAAAUAAAAUGCCACUG